AUGGCCGAAGUACCACCAGGGCAGACCAACAGCCAAUACAAAGGCACCGCGCACAUGUUCAACCAGAACUUCCCCACAGCUUCUGCUAGUUCUUCCAAGCAACCAGCAGACGAUGACUCCAAGGCACCAUUGCCUAAGGGAGUAGUUUUGGACAAGGAUGGAAAGCCGUACGUAGCGGACCACAUUAUACCAAUGGUCAAUACUAGCAAUCAGACCAAACUAACAUACCAAACCUCCAGUUGCCGCACAUGUACCUCCGUCGCUUCCUGGCGAGCAUUGACAAAGCAAGCCGACAAGAACUCCAACUCUACCUCCGCACCCAGUACCAACAAUGCAACAAUCUCAACCCCCGCGCUCGCCGCAGCCGCAACUCCCUCACCAAGCGAAACUCCUUCCGAUUGCCCACCAGAUGUCGAAGCCCUCGGCCGCUCGACUUGGACUCUAUUGCACUCAAUGGCAGCCACAUACCCGGAAAAAGCAAGCAUCGACCAUCAAAAUAAUAUGCAAGGAUUCUUGAAGUUCUUCUCAAAGUUAUAUCCGUGCUGGGUGUGUGCGGAUGAUUUCCAGACGUGGAUGGCGCAUCCUAGUGGACGGAACCAGCCCAAGUUGGGGAGUCGGAAGGAGUUUGGAUGGUGGAUGUGCGAGGCGCACAAUGAGGUCAAUCGCAAACUUGGUAAGAAAGAGUUUGAUUGUCGGUUCUGGGAGGAGAGGUGGCGCACUGGGUGGAAAGAUGGUCGCUGCGAUUGA